CUGAUGACGUAUCUGGUCAUGAAAGAACUACAGAAGGGACGUCUGAGCAUCGGGUUUUUCCCCAAGUUUUACUUCCAUCGCUUCUGGAGACUCACCCCGCCCUACAUGCUAGUGUUGAUGACGUACGUCCCUCUGUACAAGUAUAUCGGAGACGGCCCCGUGUGGCCACAGGGGGGCGUGGAGAAGGACGAGUGUGAGGACACCUGGUGGACAAACCUGCUCUACGUCAACAACCUGGUCAAGACGGACGAGAUGCUUUGGCUACGCUGGUCUGAUGGUCCCAGGUGCCAUGAUCGUCGGCUGCUUCAUCAGCGCGGGCGUCAUCUCCUCGGAGAACAACUUAGACCCAAACAUUGACAUCAGGAACAGCCAAGGCAACGAUUACUUCGACGUUUACUACAUCAAACCCUACAACCGGAUUGGCCCUUACCUGGUGGGAAUGAUCACCGGCUACCUCCUCUACAGAACCGACUGCAAAGCGCGCCUGAACAAGAAAGUCGUUGCUAUGUGCUGGGUCCUGGCGUGCGUUGUGUCCCUUGCUGUGGUGUACGGCCUGUAUGAGCACACGAAGGGAGACCACCUCAGCUCUGACGUGGCCGCUCUCUACAACUCUCUCCACCGCACGGGCUGGGCUAUGGCUGUAGCCUGGCUCAUCUUUGCCUGUGCCAACGGAUACGGCGGCAUCAUCAACAACAUCCUGUCGUGGCCAGCUCUGGUCCCCCUGAGUCGUCUCACGUACACCGCCUACCUCGUCCACCCCCUCAUCAUCUACUUCUUCCUUUUCUCCGAGAGACGAUUCUUCUACCUCGACAACAACAACAUUAUCUUCGCCUUCCUGGGCACUCUGGCUAUGUCGUACAUGGUCGCCUAUGUAGCCUCCAUGGCCUACGAGUCGCCCUUCCUUGGUCUGGAAAAACCGCUGUUGAAAGGAGUCGGCAAGUGCUUCCGGCGGGCCACAGGAACAUUCCCACCUCCUGCUGGGACACCCACCGGCCGCCCCGGGGCUCCCAGACGGGACAGUCCAGCAGCUGUCCACUACAACCACGCCAAAGGUCAGGUGUCAGACUACCAGCCGAGGGUAACGCCCAGUCAUCCCGCCAAUGUCAUUAAGGUAUCCAUGUAAUACUUCUUGGUCUGGUGGAAAUGGUACGACGGUACGGGCUUGUUUUUUUUAAUUGGAUUUUUGUUUGUUUGUUUGUUUG